AUGCAAUCUUCCAUAACUUCAAAUUUUGAGUGUGCAGUACUGUUGGAAAUUGAAGAGCAUCUUCACAACAGACGUAUCUCAGUGUCUUUUGCAACUGGAAAAGCUAUGGGUAGUUGGUUGCUUUGGUUUGGAGACAGCUAUUGGACCAAGCGAGGGAACAUUGAAGGACAAGAUCAUUUUUCCGCAAUUGGGAUACAUAUCAUUUCUGGGUCUUCCAGAAUUGAAAAGCUUUUAUAG